AUGCCAAAAGUAUACUCUCGAGCAGUCACCUCCUCCUCCGAGCAAGCAGGACAAACCCAAUCGUCUCGAGCAGUCCUGAGAUCGUAUUACUGUCUAUGCGGUGAUUUCGUAUUGGUAUUACAGGGGAAAUUGGAUAGGCUACCCAGGAGAAAGACCGACGGAGCAUACAUAAUACGUUCGAAAGACGGUAAAGAUCCUAUCAAACAACCUGCACGCAAAUUCAAAUUGAAUGCUACUCCCGGUCAAAGAUGUCUCAUUAAAAAGAAAGGAUCACAGGAAUUGGAGAUUAGACAACCAUUCGCAUGUUCCAGAUGUAAUACUACCAUCGCAUAUCAGACUUCCCCUCCUCCAGCUGGUGAUGGACCAUUCUUGUACAUCUUGAAAGGCUCAAUGACUGAAUUACAAGGUAGGAUACCGCCCGACGCAUUUGAAGGUGAGGAGGCAAUACCACCAUCAGACGAUCUCAGUGCAGAAGUUACGACUACGGCAUAG